AUGUCAUUUUCAGACUCAAGGCUUAGACCCUUUGGGAUUUUUUUCGAAAAAUCUUUAAAAGAUUUAAUCAAUGGUAUACGUUCUCAUAACCACAAUGCUCAUGAAUUACACGGUUUUUUGACUAAAUCCGUUUCUGAAUGCAGAGAAGAAGUAAAAUCACCAGACAUGACCAUAAAAACAAAUUCUAUUUUAAAACUAUCUUACUUAGAAAUGUAUGGUUUUGAUAUGUCAUGGGCUGAUUUUUAUGUUUUGGAAGUCAUGAGCAGUAAUGAUUUCCAGCAGAAAAGGGUGGGAUAUUUGGCAGCUCAGCAAGUUUUUCAUGAAGACUCCGAUAUGUUAAUGCUAGCCACCAAUUGCUUGAAAAAAGAUUUAUCCAAUGCCAAUGCGCUAAAAGUAGGGAUUGCUUUAAAUGGGAUUUCAAGCAUCAUUUCUCCCAAUUUAGCCAGAGAUAUCAGUAAAGAUCUAAUUAAAAUGUUAAGGCAUAGUAAGCCAUACAUCAGAAAAAAGACUGUUGCGUCUCUAUUUAAACUUUUUCUUCAAUAUCCAGAAGCUUUAAGAGACGACUUUGAAGCAUUUGUGGAAAAAUUGCAUGAUGAGGACACUAGUGUUGUUUCCGCCACUGUGAGUGUUAUUUGUGAAUUGUGUAAGAUUAAUCCGCAACCCUUUAUGAAAUUAUUGCCAUUAUUCUAUGAUAUGUUAAUUGAAAUUGAUAAUAAUUGGAUUAUUAUUAGAUUAUUAAAAUUGUUUACCACAUUUUGCAAACAGGAACCAAAAUUAAGGUUAAAGUUGUUACCCAAGGUGCUCAACUUGAUUGAGAAAACUACAGCAACUUCCUUAAUAUACGAAUCUAUCAAUUGUAUUGUUAAAGGUGGUAUGUUGACGGCAGAUGAUGUCGAUACCGCUGUUCAGAUUUUAGAGCUAUUAACCAAAUUUUGUGCAUCAGACGAUCCAAAUUUGAGGUAUGUUUCGUGUGUUCUAUUUUAUUAUAUAGGAAAAAUUAACACUGCGUUCAUUUAUUCUUUUGAUAAACUAGUUAUUGAGUUAUUGGAAGAUGUUGACAUUUCAAUUAGAUCAAAGGCAUUGGAGUUGUUGGAAGGGAUAGUUAAUGAGGAUAAUUUAAUCGAAAUUACCUCAAAAUUGUUGAAGCAAGUUGCCAUCGAAGAAGAAGACUAUACCAGUACCGUUAGUGGCAUUAGUUAUAAAAUAACUAUCCCUAUUGAUUAUAAAAUUAAAAUCAUCAAGUCUUUAUUAUAUUUGUUUAGCUUGAACGAUUACGAAAAUAUUUCAUUAUUUGAAUGGUAUAUUACUAUAUUAGGUGACAUGUGUGAUAUGGUUCUGUAUUUGAAAACUAGUAUUGGUGCUAGCAACAAUAACGUUUAUUCGAAAGAAAUUUCUGGGUUGGGCGUUUUAGUGGGAAAACAUCUUAGAAAUGUUGCUGUUAAAGUUCCAGAAAUGAGAGACCAAGUGGUAUUGGCUAUAAUUAAAAUUAUCUCUAAUUCCAACAUUUACAGUGAACUAUCAAGUAUUUUGGUAAACUUGUUUUGGACAUUGGGUGAAUUUUCCUCAUUGAUCGAUAAUGGCAAUGAUCUGAUUAGGGUUUUGAUCAGUGACAAGGAAGGGCUUGUUGUUAAAUUAUCUCCUGUGGAUUUGAAAACUUUAUUCGUAUGCUUAUUGAAGGUUUAUAGUAAUUGGGUGAAUGCUAGUAAUACUGGGCAUACCGCGGAAAGAAACUUGGAGGAAGUUCAAAAGCUAUGUAAAGAGCUAAUAGAAUUUUAUGAAAAAUUCAGCGUUUCUGUUGAUUUUGAAGUUCAAGAGAGAAGUACUCAAAUUAUUGAAUUUUUAAAAUUAUCAUUUGAAGCAUUAGAAGUUUUAAAUAACAAGGGUAGUGAAGAGGAAACAUCUGGAGAAGGACAAGAACAUCAACUUCCUGGCAAAAUAGAAUUGCCUUUUCUAGUGUCUGAUGUUUUGCCUGGUUUUUUUAAUUCUUGGGAGCUAGUACCAAUUAAACAGGGAACACAAUUAAAAUUGCAAAAAAAAAUGGACCUAGAUACAAGCGUUCCAUUUUUAACUGCAGAGGAAAUAGCGGAGUUGGAUGAAAAUGAUGUUGAAAAUAGUUUUUACGAAGAUAUUGAUGAUGACUACAAUUCGGAAGUGAAAGAUCAAUAUGAAACUAGUGACUCUGAUAUCAUGGACGAAAAUCCUUAUCCGAAAAAAAACAAUAAGUUGUCUAAGGAAAAAAUUGAUAAUCCAUUUUAUUUACAAGAUGAUGAUGAUGAUGAUGCUGAUGGUGAUAAUGCAAUUAAGGAACGUGAUUUAUUAGAUAUGAAUGAUAAUACUAGCGACACUAUCCAAACUAACUUAGAUAGGAUCCAAAAAAAUAAAUCGGCUCUACUGCUUGAUACAAAUAAUAGCAACAGUGGUAUUAACAUUCAAGUCUCUCGUCCAGGACGUAAUAUUGAUAAUGUUAGUACUACCCAAAGUAAGAAGAAGAGCAAGGCUAAGAAAAAGAAAAUAAAGAUUAUAUCUGAUAGUACUCUAUAUAAUGAUGAACUCGAAGAUAAACUUUUUGUCAAUACUAGUUCCAUCACUGAUAAAACGCAUAGACCAAAAAACGGAAUCGAUUUGAAUCUGAAAACUAACCUUAAAAAUUUUGAUUUUUCUAAACCUUUCACUACAAAAAUAGGUGAUGACGAGUAUAUUGAAGAAGAAGAUAUUGAUAUAAAUCAAUUAAGAAAACAAUUUGAAAAUUUGAAAAAUAAUGAUGACAGUAUGAACUUUAAAGAUGGCGAAGAAGAGGAAGUGAUUAUUAUAAAGAAAAAGAAAAAGAAAAAUAAUAACAAGAAGAAAACGAACUCUGGUAAAAGUAAAAAGAAAAGCAAGAAAUCUGUUGCUAUAAUUGAUAAAGAGGAUGAAUGA